AUGUUGAACGAAAAGGACCGUCAGUCUGUGUUGUUCACAGUCCCCCAAAUCUUGACAAGUGGGAAGUCGGCACAGACGACGCUCCCCCCGCGUUGUCGAAAGAGCCGACUGGGGUGCGAUACAUGCAAGCAGCGCCGCAUCAAAUGCGAUGGAACAAUUCCAAGCUGUGCGAGAUGCUUAAAGCGUGGUCUGGAAUGCCCCGGGCCCAAAACUACAGCACCCCUCAAAUGGCGCACAGAUACGACAAUUGACCAGGUUUCCGACAAGAGUCCAACGAAGCACCGACGAAGCUUGCCUAAGCAGUGCAUUACCGGAGAAGAAGACUUCACCGCGGGCAAAUGUGUUCCCCUCGACCCUCAAAGGGCUUCAUUCGCUAGAAUGAAGACCACAAGGGCAGCCAUCGGCAAUGCUUCUUUCUCUCCGGGAUCCUAUCCGCCCCGCGGUCCAGACUACGACUAUUCAGAAGCCAUCCAAUAUGGAUUUGAACGAUGCUGGGAUCUUGACAACACCGAUACUGCGAUGAGAGAUGUAGAAGUCUCAACUCCCAGUGACAAUAGCUGUCGCGAUAGCUUUGAAACCACUUUUGACAGUGAAUCUCUUGAUCGACAAAGGUCACGGGAUUCCAUCUGCGCGAGCCCGCUUCGCCAGGUGAGUUUAUCUUCUCAGGUACGCUCCUUCUACAUCGGGCAUUACUUCUCAUCUGUCGUGCCAAUUUUCACCAUCUGCGAUGGGCCUGAUGACCCGUUUGGCGCGGCGCUGCUGCCUUACAUGUCGACGGAUGGACCUCUCACGCAAGUCCUGGCCGCUAUCGCUUGUCUUCACCAGUCCAACAGCCGGAACGACACCAACAUUCCGGAUUACGCAGUGGCCCUGCGAUCACAGGCCGUUGCUACUGUUAGGGAGAAGGUCCGUUCCGUCAGGGCCGGACACGAGACUGCAGUGACCUGUCUCAUGCUUGCGGCAACAGAAAGCUAUUUCAAUCCCAACGCUUGUGGCUUGGUCUAUCUCGAGGCUGUGAGGCAAUUGUUCGAAGUGCGGGCUGGAUUGCUCGACACCAUUCCGGCCUGCUUCAUCAGACUGCUGGGGUGGUUGGAGAUGUUGACCAGCAUGACGUCUCGAAUCUAUGUACCACGGCCGCACAUCGCAGUGCAGGAUUCUGUUUGGGUCGAAAAGGUGUGUGAUGGGAGGGUCGACGUUCUUUUGGGAUCUUGGUCGGAGGUAUUGCCUGCGAUAUGUCAGUUGAACGCGUUGGCUCGACAGGUCCCUUUUGGAAAGUGGACAAAACGCCGCGAAGAGAUCGUGCUAGCCAUUGAAGCUUCUUUACUGGAGGGUCGGCACGGAUAUGCCGGUGAGAGUUGUUUCUCUGACGAGAGCCUGGGUGGUUUCGAUGACGCCGAAUCGGUGGCCCUGUUCAGCCCGAUGCCAUACACCCUCCAAGCUUCCGCCUCAGAAGGGUUACCCAACUCGCCAUCUCCAGAUGACGUUGUUCUCUCAUGGAUCAACUCUAUGGACCCUGAGCCACCGAGCGACACCAACAGUGUGUCUGGCAGCGCGACCCCAUCUUCUUCCUUGAUUGACCAGGACAACUCUCUGGUACACUACUGUCAAAUUAUGGGCAGUGCAUAUCGGUUCGCGGCACUACUGGAACUGUACCAUACGUAUCCAUCCGUUCUGGCAAGGCGGCUACCGCUCCUCUCCGGUCCCUCAUCUCCCACAUCCGACGCGUACUUUGCCGCUCUAUCGUCACACAUCAUUUCACUAUUGAGCGCGAUACCGCCCGAGAGCCGCCUGUUCAACGUGUGUUCUUACCCGCUCAUGACCGCCGGACAAUUUUGCUCUGGCGAGCAGGAGCGGAAGUGGGUUCAGGGGGUUGUAGAUCAACUACGGCACAAGAACGGCAUCGCGGCCGUCAUGGUCCUGGGUGAGACUCUGGAAGAAAUCUGGGAGAGACGUGACCGGGGGGAGGAUCUGGUCUGGACGACCGUGUUCGUGGAAAAGGGAUGCGAAAUGCUGAUCAACUGACCAAAGUUUCCUACGGUUAAUAACCCCCACAAACGAACACGGUGAUAUUCUGUCCGACUUGCGGUGUAGUCAUGAGGAAUGUGCUCCCUUGUUCUGAAUGCUUGAUUAAGAACGAAACAUGUGCGGAAUACGGCCUGCCAGGAAAUUUGAUGGCAUGUGGACGUGACAUGACAAACAUGUCUGCAUUCACAAUAUAUACUUGAACUCUGCUUUGAUUUUCGUACAUCAAUCAGCUGAAGUACAGAAAACUUCCCUCAGCACCGGACGAGGCUUCGUGAAAGUGAAAUUGGUUCUGCGCUCGCUCGCUAGUGAGCCAUGCCGACAGCCGCCAUCUUUUCCACGUACUGGGCAUACCGAGCUGCGCUCUUCUUGCGCAGGCUCUUGCCCUUCCAGAUCAUGACCAGGACCGUGGCGCACUGGACCAUGGCGGCCGCGGCGGCCACGAUGAAGGCGUUCUGGUGGCCCAGGUUCUGGACCCAGGGCGUGACCCCGUAGCCGAUGGCGAAGCUCAUCGUGUUCCGGAUCAGGAUGACGGUGACGAUGGCCUCGCCGCUCAGCGCGCGGUACGACUCGAUGCAGUAGUUGCACAUGCCCUGGACGGAGAUAGCGCUCGCGCCCGAGACGACGAAGGCGGCGAAGACGGCGCCGAACCAGUGGAUCCCCCGGCUGGACCCGACGCCCCAGAGGAUCAGGCCGAACGGCAGCAGGACGAUCGCCGGGGUGAGGAGCCAGAGGCGGUACUCGCUCUCGAGGAUGCCGCCCCUCCGGCGGGCCAUGGCCAGGGUGACCCGGUUGCCCCAGAUGCCGGUGUAGGCGGCGCCGACAAACACCCCCAGCAGGGGCGCGAUGUAGGACACGCCGACCAUGCUGGUGCUGAACCCGUAGGUCCCGGAGAGGAUGAGCGCCGAGGUGGCGUUGAGCACGUUGAACCACACCAGGCUGGACCCGUAGUAGAAGCCGCAGAACACGAUGACGGGGAAGCGCAGGUAGAUCAGGGGCCGCUUCACCAUGCCCCAGAAGUGGUUUUCCUUCCGCAGGUCCUCCUUUUGCCAGAGUUGAAGCUUGGUCAGGUACGUCUUGGGUUUUUGUUGCCGUCGUUGUCGUUGUUGUUGGUCUUGAGACACCACUCCCUCGUCGAGCUCGGAGGUGUUGAUCGAGCCGAUGUUGUUGGUGCCGGUCACUGCGGAUUCCUUGGUUUCUUCCGCAGGCGUCUCGACCGACGUGCUUUCAAGGCGCUUUUCUUCCUCCUCGACCGUGACGGCGGCCACAGAGGCUUGAACGUGGAGCCGGACAAAGUUGGUCUCCUCCAUGAAGAAGAACAGGAAGACAAACACAAUGGCGCAGAGGAUGGCGCACCAGUACUACUCAAAAUACUCUUUUGUCAGCAAAACGGAAAAAUGUGAGUGGAAACGGGGAGGGGGCCACGGUCAUGAGCACUCACCAGAACCCAUCGCCAGCCUUGUCCGGUGGCAAUGAAGCCCGAAAUGAUGGGAGCGCUGAGGUUGCUGCCAGACAGAGACAGCGCAUACACGGCCGUGUAGAAUCCUCUCUGGUGAGUGUAGUACUGUAGUAGAACACGCAAAGAGUAUCAGCAGGCAGACCUUUUGUUGGAGGACAUAUUCAUCGGACAAGCAAACUGACCAGAUCGGUAAUGGUAAUCUCGCAGAGGCUCUCGAUGGGCGAUCCGAAGAAACCCUGGAGGAUCUUGCUGGCGAUCCACUGCGCAUUGUUCGUGGUGUAAGGGGCCCAAAUCAUCGUUCCCAUGGUCCCCAGGACACUGAUCAGGUACGUGGGACGUUUGCCGAACUGCAGUGCAAACGGUUGCCAGAACAAGCAACUCCAGCCUAGCAGGAGGAACUGUUUUUGCACACAUGUUAGCGCCCGGAUGUGCAUCGCAUGUGGUAUGCUUCAGCGCGCAUCGACCGCAGCCAAGCUUACCAUGUAUCCUGUGCCCUGGUUGAGAUUGUUCAAGGUCAAGGUCGAGUUGGCCUGAAUGUCACCAAAGACCGAGUACAUGGCUGCUGUGGAGACUCCCACCGCCAUCAUGUACGCGAUCAUGCACGACAGCGCCAGCAACUUGCGUCGGGGAGACCAUGUCAGAGGGUCGUUGGGGUCGUCCUGAGGUGAUACCCAAGAAACAAACAUCGAGUCAGCCAGCUAGUCUCCUUCUUUUUUUCCAAAUGUGAAUGUUCGUGAACUCACGGUGGGUGUUGGGAUGAGGAUGAGAUCUUUGUUUUCUCCCGACCCGUGAGUCGCUUGCAUGGUGCCCUCCAAGUCGAUGAGGUGCACUGUGCCCGGGAUGGGAACUUCUUCAGCCGUCAUGUUGGGC